CUGUUUUCUUGUGCAUGUCUGACGUGGAAAGUAAAGCAAAGUCGGUUGCAAAUUGCAGGCUCUUUUACCUUUAUUGCUCUUAAACUAUGCUAAAAACUGUGCUUUCUAGCAGCAGAGUGUUUAGUUACAUACUUUAGUACAGUUCAGUUUUAUCCUUGUAGAUUGAAUCGUUGCUGGCAAUGAAUCCCCAAAUGACUUCAUAUGGACAACCCCCGCAAGGUUGGCAACAGGCCCCAAUGAACCAGGUGCCACCACCACCUGUGAACGGAACCCCGCAAAAUCUUCCCAAUCAGUUCCAAAAUAUGUCACUUGGUGGGCCACCAAAAGGAAAUGUAAGUGGUCCACCAUUCCCUAAUCAAGCAGAGGUUGGUAGACCCCCGUCAAUGACAGCGCCAACUUCUGGAGGGUUCUUCCCACCUCAAACCCUGCCACAGAAUGGUCCACCACCAGGACCGAGACAACCUGGACAAAACUAUGGACUCUCAAACGGUCACCAACAGCCUUUGCUUGCUCAGCCAGGAAUGCCUCCUGCACCUUCUAUGGCACCUGGUGUACCGCGUGCCCAGUUUCCACCGGCCUCCGCCGUCCGACCAGCUCAGCCACCUAUGGGAUAUCCUGCGCAAGCAAUACCUGGUGCCCCACCAUCUUUUCCGCCUCAGCCAACACAGUCGUACCAGCCAAUGCCACAACAACAAGCACCGCCGUCACAGCAAUAUGCACCACAACCGAAUCAACAAUAUCAACAACAAUCGGGUGCACCACCACCGCAACAGCCGCAACAUUUCACCAAUCCAGCUGGAAUGCCCCCAAUGCCUCCUGUAGGUAGUGUUUCCAAUCAGUACUCACCUGGACAAUCUAUGCCUCCAACAAUGCCACCGACUGGUGGAAUGCCUGGUUAUCCACAACCAGGCCAAAUGGCGGGUCCGCCCCAUCUGCCCCCACCCCAUGCUCAUGGGUAUAAUCAGCCUCCCGGGCCACAGGGAUUCAAUCAGAUGCCUGGUUAUCCCCAAGGUGGGAUGCCGUCUCCGCCACAGCAGAAACGCCUCGAUCCGGACAGUAUGCCUAAUCCAAUUCAAGUGAUCAAUGAAAAUCAGCGCAUUUGUGGGGGAGUAUUUGCUACCAAUCAAGCGGGUUUAGUGCCACCUCUGGUAACUUCAGACUUCGUAACUCAAGACCAAGGCAACUCUGGUCCACGUUUCAUACGUUCGUCAAUGUACAACGUACCGGUUAACACAGACAUGAUGAAGCAGAGUGCAGUUCCAUUUUCACUCAUUAUUUCUCCAUUUGCGCGCGUAGCCGAUAAAGAACUGGCGCCACCGAUCGUUAACUUUGGUGAAUUGGGACCCAUUCGAUGCAUCCGUUGUAAGGCAUACAUGUGUCCAUUUAUGCAGUUCAUUGAUGGUGGUCGACGCUUCCAGUGUUUGAUGUGCAAGGCGACUACAGAUGUACCAUCUGAGUAUUUUCAACAUCUUGACCAUACUGGUCAACGCAUGGAUAAAUAUGAGCGCCCCGAACUGGUAUUGGGAACGUAUGAGUUUGUCGCGACAAAGGACUACUGUCGCAACAAUGUACCAACCAAGCCACCGGCGAUGGUCUUCCUGAUUGAUGUUUCAUAUAAUAACGUCAAAUCAGGUUUGGUACAGCUGCUUUGCUCGGAGAUGAAAAACAUUAUUAAACAUUUGCCUAUCGACGAAGGUCAAUCGCGUAGCGCCAUGAAAGUAGGCUUUAUCACCUACAACAGCUCGGUUCAUUUCUACAAUGUGAAGAGCAGCCUUGCUCAGCCUCAGAUGAUGGUCGUAGGUGACGUUCAGGAGAUGUUCAUGCCAUUGUUGGACGGCUUUUUGGUUGAUCCUGAAGAAUCGGCUGCCGUGAUUGAUGCAUUGAUGGAACAGAUUCCCAAAAUGUUUGGGGAUACCCGUGAAACGGAAACUAUUUUGCUACCUGCGCUGCAAGCGGGUCUUGAAGCUUUAAAAGCUUCGGAAGUAGCCGGUAAGCUAUACGUGUUCCAUUCUUCGCUACCAACUGCAGAAGCACCAGGAAAGUUAAAAUCACGCGAUGAUCGCAAACUCUUAGGAACGGAUAAGGAAAAGACGGUGCUGACUCCGCAAUCAACCGUUUAUAACAUGCUCGGACAGGAAUGCGUAGGAGUCGGAGUAUCCGUAGAUCUUUUUGUUUUCAACAAUUCAUACAUAGAUCUAGCCACUAUUGGCCAAGUACCACGACUAACUGGUGGCGAAAUCUACAAGUACACAUACUUCCAGGCCGACAUCGAUGGACAACGCCUAGUGAACGAUCUAAUUAAAAAUGUUUCGCGACCUAUCGCCUUUGAUACAGUUAUGCGUGUGCGUACAUCCACUGGAAUAAGACCAACAGAUUUCUUUGGACACUUUUUCAUGUCUAAUACUACCGACAUGGAAAUUGCUAGCAUUGAUUGUGACAAAUCAGUUGCGAUUGAGAUCAAGCAUGACGAUAAGCUAACCGAUGAAAAUGUAUUCAUACAGGUGGCUCUCCUAUAUACCAGCUGUUCUGGGCAGCGUCGUUUGCGUAUUCUUAAUCUCAGUCUGAAGACAUGCAACCAGCUGGCAGAUUUGUUCCGCAGUUGCGACUUGGACACGACCAUUCUAUUCUUUGCGAAACAAGGCCUCUUCAAAUUGCUUGAAAACUCUCCAAAAGCUAUUAAAGAUUCGCUCAUCAACCGAGCCGCGCAAAUUUUGGCUUGUUAUCGGAAAAAUUGUGCUUCACCAACCUCGGCUGGACAGUUGAUCCUACCUGAGUGUAUGAAGCUGCUGCCAUUGUACAUUUCGUGUUUACUGAAAAAUGAUGCUUUUUCGGGUGGUUCCGAUUUAACUGUGGAUGACCGAUCAUACGUGAUUUAUUUCGUUAUGAGCAUGGAUCUACCGACAUCCGUUCAAUUCUUCUAUCCGCGAUUGAUACCGGUUCACGAUGUUAAGGCAGAUGAUACGAAUGUUCCAGCUUUCAUUCGCUGCACUGCUGACAAGAUGAUGGAGGACGGUGCUUAUAUCUUAGAAAAUGGUGUCCAUAUGUUCAUGUGGCUUGGGUUGGGUCUGCCAUCCGAGUUCACACUAUCUGUGUUUGGAGCCCAAUGCACGCAACAAAUUGACACCGAUCGUACGGGUUUACCAGUAUUCGAUAAUCCGCUUUCCAAACGUGUGCGAGGAAUUGUCGACAGUAUACAGAACGCAAAACAUCGGUACAUGAGGCUCACCCUGGUUAAGCAACGAGACAAACUGGAAAACGUUCUACGUCACUUCCUGGUUGAAGAUCGUGGCAUGACUGAUGGUUCUGCUAGCUACGUGGAUUUCCUCUGUCACAUGCACAAAGAGAUUCGAACAUUACUUAGCUAGCUGGAUUGCUCUGAGCAGAGUUUUAGUAGUCGCUUCAAGUUUAACGGUAACAAUAACAACAGUUGCGGUUCCACUACCAAUGCAAAUUGUACUACGCGGUCAACGAACAACAAUAGUAAGAAUAAUGCACAAUGCCAGCGGCAUGUGACUAGAAGUAGCGAUAACAAUGGAAAUCAACAGGCGAUCUACAGACACUACCCACAGCGACCACCAAGUGAUGAUGGAGAUGACGAGAAUGAAACCAUCCAGGAGGAAGACGAAGAGGAUGAUGAUGGCUCAGUACAAGCUAGCCAGUGUCGCCAUGGUCACCUCAAAGGAUCAGCAGCAGCUGACAGGAGCAUCUCUCAAAAUCGUACCAGAGUAUUGCGAUAUCGUAAAGCGUUCAUGGGAAAGUGGUAAUAAUUGUAACUGUUUCAAAUUAUACACAAUUAUUAUUUUUUAUUACUUUACGAUUAUUUUCCAAUUUAGAAAUAUAUAUAUUUAACAAUAAUCUGUGCGAGAAUACCUAGUAAUAACGCAUAAGAAAUCUGUACUAGCGGGACGUUUUGCUUAGGUGUUUAUAUUGAAUGUGUAAUGAAUCAAUUAAAUUCUUAAAAGAAAAACAAACCGAUUUACAUCUGUUAUUACAAUGAAUCAUAUUUGAGGGAAAUUUUUCAACAGGGUGUAUGUGGCGUUGUUGCAGGCAUGCACGUGUCGGUAAUAAUAUUUGCACUGAAACUGUCAGCACCCUCAAAAGAUGAAGCAAAAUAGCAAAAAUAUAUGAAAUUUAUUAAUAUAAA